CCCCGCCAAAAGCCCCCAAAACCUAUCUCAUUUCUCCUCUUCCUAUUGGAAACUCAGCAGCAGCACACCCCAUCUCCCUCUACUUCUCCGCCGCACCAGCUUCUCCUCUCCAUUUCCGCCGAAAAUCGCCACCACCGGUGAAGCCAGCAGCCACUGGUCGCCUCCUCUAUCUUCUCUCCUUCGCUGCUCCGGCCACCAUCGCCGGUCGCUGGCGAGAACCACAACGAAAAUCCCUUUGCCUCCCCUCUCUCUCCAGCCGCCGGCCUGCUCCUCUCUUCUCACUUCUCCGUCGAAGUAGACGGACGGGAUAACGGCAGCAACGACUGCUCCGCCCAGCAGCUUUGGCGAAGCAGCUAGCGUGACCAGCAAACUCCGGGAAAACAGCGACAACAACUCCGGCCAGCAGUGGCGCAGCAACUCCGGUUGGUGAGGAUGGCGUCACCCCAACCUAAUUCAGAGUCGGUAUUAGAACUUCAAAACAGCAUCGAAGACAAAUCCGGACACAAAAAGAACAAACGCAAACAAGAUUCUGUGUCAAAAAGGAAGGCAUCUGCAACUGGUAAGAAGGAAAAGAAACAGGCUGUUUCUGAAACUAUUGAGGAGCCCACUGCUGCACGUAAAAGGCCUAAACGAGCUGCUGCCUGUUCAGAUUUUAAAGAAAAAUCUGAGCAUUUAUCAGAAAAGUCUUCAGUGAUUGAAACAAAGAAGGACCAUUGUGUAGAGGAAGAGGAUGUGGCUAUUAGGUUAACUGCGGGUCUGCAAGAGUCUCAACGACCCUGUAGAAGAUUAACGGAUUUUGUAUUUCAUAACUCAGAAGGAAUACCACAACCGUUUGGAAUGUCUGAGGUUGAUGAUCUGUUUAUCAGUGGUCUCAUUUUACCACUUGAGGACAGUCUCGACAAAGUAAAAGCACAAAGAAUUAGAUGUGAAGGCUUUGGGCGUAUUGAAGAAUGGGCUAUCUCUGGCUAUGAAGAUGGAACUCCUGUCAUAUGGAUCUCAACUGAGACAGCUGAUUAUGAUUGUUUAAAACCCUCAGGUAGUUAUAAGAAGUUUUAUGACCACUUCUUGGCCAAGGCAACGGCAUGCGUUGAGGUUUAUAAGAAGCUUUCAAAGUCAUCUGGAGGGAAUCCUGAUUUAUGCCUUGAUGAGUUGCUUGCAGGGGUUGUCCGAGCGAUGACUGGCAUAAAAUGCUUUUCAGGUGGUGUAUCCAUCAGGGACUUUGUCAUCACUCAGGGAGGGUUCAUCUAUAAGGAACUUAUUGGUCUGGAUGAUACAUCAAAGAAGACUGAUCAACUUUUUGUUGAGCUACCUGUCCUAGCUUCCCUUAGAGAUGAAAGCAGCAAGCAGGAGACACUUGCACAACCAGAGCCUAUAUCAUCUGGUAAGGCUCUAUGUAUUGGCCCAAAAGCAGGAAAUGGAGGAGACAAGAUAGAUGAAUCUGGUUUGGCUAAUGGCCCAGCGCCAGAAGAUGAAGAUCUGAAAUUGGCUAAAUUGUUGCAUGAAGAGGAGUAUUGGUGCUCCUUGAAGCAGAAGAAAGACCGCAAUACAUCUUCCUCAUCCGGCAAAAUAUACAUCAAGAUCAAUGAGGAUGAGAUUGCAAGUGAUUAUCCUUUACCUGCAUAUUACAAAACAUCUAAUGAAGAGACUGAUGAGUAUAUCGUCUUUGACAGUGGGGUUGAUACAUAUCACAUUGAUGAGUUGCCGCGCAGUAUGCUUCAUAAUUGGGCAUUGUACAACUCAGACUCAAGGCUAAUAUCUUUAGAACUGCUGCCAAUGAAAGCAUGUGCUGAUAUUGAUGUAACCAUUUUUGGGUCUGGAGUGAUGACUGCUGAUGAUGGGUCUGGAUACAAUUUUGACACUGAUGCUAAUCAUUCCUCUUCAGGUGGUUCUAGAUCAGCUGAGAUUGAUGGUAUGCCAAUUUACUUGAGUGCUAUAAAAGAAUGGAUGAUUGAGUUUGGGUCCUCAAUGAUCUUUAUAUCAAUUCGGACUGAUAUGGCCUGGUAUAGGCUUGGGAAGCCGUUGAAACAGUAUGCUCCUUGGUACGAACCAGUCAUAAAGACUGCAAGAUUGGCAGUGAGCAUCAUUACUUUGUUGAAGGAACAGAAUCGUGUGGCUAGACUUUCUUUUGGAGAAGUUAUUAAAAGGGUUUCAGAGUUCAAGAAAGACCAUCCUGCUUAUAUAUCAUCUAAUGUAGAUGCAGUGGAAAGAUAUGUGGUUGUACAUGGGCAAAUUAUUCUCCAGCAGUUUUCUGAAUUUCCUGAUGUAAGCAUUAGGAAUUGUGCAUUUGCGAUUGGUCUCUCAAGGAAAAUGGAAGAGAGGCACCAUACAAAAUGGGUGAUUAAGAAGAAGAAGAUGAUGCAGAGACUUGGACAGAACUUAAAUCCUAGAGCAUCUAUGGCGCCAUCUGUAAAAAAGAAAGCCAUGCAGGCUACUACAACAAGGCUAAUCAACAGAAUCUGGGGGGAAUACUAUUCCAAUUACUCACCCGAGGUGUCAAAGGAGGUGGCUGAUUGUGAGGUGAAGGAUGAUGAUGAAGCAGAUGAGCAAGAGGAAAAUGAAGAGGAUGAUGUUCCGGAGGAGAACUUGAAUGUUCCAGAGAAAGCUCAUACACCUUCUUCUACAAGAAGGCAUAUUAAGUCACGUUCUGACAGCAAAGAAAUAAACUGGGAUGGGAAAUCCAUAGGUAAAACAGCUUCUGGUGAACAGUUGUUUAAAAAAGCUAGAGUUCAUGGACAUGAGAUAGCUGUUGGGGAUUCAGUUCUAGUGGAACUUGAUGAACCAGAUGAGCUUCCGUCUAUUUACUUUGUUGAAUACUUGUUUGAAAAAUUGGAUGGCAGCAAAAUGCUUCAUGGAAGAAUGAUGCAACGAGGAUCUGACACUGUACUUGGAAAUGCAGCUAAUGAGAGAGAGGUAUUUUUGAUCAAUGAAUGCAUGAAUCUGCAACUAGGAGAUGUCAAAGAAAGUAUAGCUGUCAAUAUCAGAAUGAUGCCUUGGGGACACCAGCAUAGAAACACGAAUGCUGAUAAACUUGAUAGAGCAAAAGCAGAAGACAGAAAGAGGAAGGGAUUGCCGACUGAAUUUUACUGCAAAAGCUUUUAUCGCCCUGAAAAAGGUGCUUUCUUCAGACUCCCGUUUGAUAAGAUGGGUCUUGGUAAUGGUUUAUGCUACUCCUGUGAGUUGCAGCGAACUGAUCAGGAAAAGGAAUCCUUUAAGUUUGAUAUGUCUAACUCCAGUUUUGUAUAUCUGGGCACUGAGUAUUCAGUUGAUGACUUUGUUUAUGUAAGCCCCGAUCACUUUACUGCAGAAAGAGGGGGAAAUGGAACUUUCAAAGCCGGAAGAAAUGUGGGGUUGAUGGCCUAUGUAGUAUGUCAAUUACUAGAAAUUGUUGGUCCCAAGGGAUCUAAACAAGCUAAAGUAGAUUUUACAAACGUCAAAGUCAGAAGAUUCUUCAGACCAGAGGAUAUAUCUUCAGAUAAGGCAUACUCUUCUGAUAUCCGGGAGAUCUAUUACAGUGAGGAUAUACAUACAGUUCCUGUGGAAAUAAUCAAAGGUAAAUGUGAAGUGAGGAAGAAGUAUGAUAUUUCGUCUGAAGAUGUCCCUGCCAUCUUCGACCAUAUUUUCUUUUGUGAAUAUUUGUAUGAUCCAUUGAAUGGAUCCCUUAAAAAGUUACCAGCUCAGAUAAACCUGGGAUUCUCAAAAAUUAAGCUAGAUGAUGCAACAUCUAGGAAGAGGAAGGGGAAGGGAAAAGAAGGAGAGGAUGAAGUUGGGGAACUAAAUGAAACUUCUCCACAGAAUCGUUUGGCCACAUUAGAUAUCUUUGCUGGUUGUGGUGGCUUGUCUGAGGGGCUGCAGCAUUCAGGUGUCACAGAUACAAAUUGGGCAAUUGAAUACGAAGCGCCUGCUGGAGAUGCAUUUAGACUUAAUCAUCCAAAGACAAAGGUGUUCAUACAUAAUUGCAAUGUGAUUUUGAGGGCUGUCAUGCAGAAGUGUGGAGAUUCUGAUGACUGUAUCUCAACUCCAGAGGCUUCUGAAUUAGCUGCAGCAAUGGAUGAGAACGAACUGAAUAGUUUGCCACUGCCUGGACAAGUUGAUUUCAUUAAUGGAGGCCCUCCUUGUCAGGGGUUUUCUGGAAUGAAUAGAUUUAAUCAGACCACCUGGAGUAAAGUACAGUGUGAGAUGAUUCUGGCAUUUUUAUCCUUUGCUGAUUAUUAUCGGCCCAAGUUCUUUCUCUUGGAGAAUGUUAGGAAUUUUGUGUCGUUCAACCAAAAACAAACAUUUCGCUUAACUGUUGCUUCCCUUCUUGAGAUGGGUUAUCAGGUUAGGUUUGGUAUCCUUGAAGCCGGAGCGUAUGGAGUUCCUCAGUCUAGGAAGAGAGCAUUUAUCUGGGCUGCCUCCCCAGAGGAGGUUCUUCCAGAGUGGCCAGAACCAAUGCAUGUUUUUGCUGUCCCAGAAUUAAAAAUCGCAUUAUCUGAAACUUCACACUAUGCAGCUGUGAGGAGUACUGCUAGUGGAGCUCCAUUCCGUUCACUUACUGUCAGAGACACAAUUGGAGAUCUUCCUGUUGUUGGCAAUGGGGCAUGCAAGACUUGCAUAGAGUAUCAAGGUGAUCCAGUAUCCUGGUUCCAAAAGAAAAUCCGGGGCAGGUCAAUAACAUUAUCUGAUCACAUUUCAAAAGAGAUGAAUGAGCUUAACCUAAUCAGGUGCCAAAGAAUCCCCAAGCGGCCAGGAGCUGAUUGGCGUGACCUUGAGGAUGAAAAGGUUAAACUAUCUAAUGGUCAACUAGUUGAUUUGAUUCCAUGGUGCCUGCCUAACACUGCUAAGAGGCACAACCAGUGGAAGGGGCUCUUUGGAAGGUUGGAUUGGGAUGGGAACUUCCCCACUUCUAUUACUGAUCCCCAGCCGAUGGGUAAGGUGGGGAUGUGCUUUCAUCCAGAGCAAGACAGGAUUGUUACAGUUCGUGAAUGUGCACGUUCUCAAGGUUUCCCAGACAGCUACCAAUUUGCUGGUAACAUCUUGCACAAGCACAGGCAAAUAGGAAAUGCUGUUCCACCUCCUUUGGCAUAUGCACUUGGAAGGAAACUCAGGGAAGCUGUUGAGAGCAAAAGGAGGCUCACUUAGAAGUUCUUUUUUAAGCUAUGAAUUUUACAUACAUGUCAAUUACCAUUCACAUUGACAACGUUACAUUGCCAAAUUAUAUCAGUUACUCAUUUAUCAAAUUUGCAGUUUCGCCUAUUACCUUCUAUUUAGAGAUUGGGUUGUUCAAACCAAAUUGAAAUAAUAUGUGUGAUAAAAAAUUAGUACCUCA